CAGCUCGGUUAUCCAACAGAUGAAAGGUGAGUCUGGGAGGAAUCUGCUGGAAGCAGGACCCCAGACUUCCUAAAUCCGCCCCUGCAUCUAUCAACACAUCAAUAAAAGGAUUAACUUUGACCCAUCUAGUUCCAGCAUUACAGAUGACGAGUCUGCAGCUGAGCGCCAAGGAGGAGAUGGUGGAGAAGUUUCUAGACGCCGCAGCGAGAGGAGACGUGUCCCUGGUGUCCUCCCUUCUGUCGCACGUCCCUUACCUCCUCAACCAGACGGGAAACAGCGGCUGGACGGCGCUGAUGCUGGCGGCUCGUAACGGCCAUCACCACGUGGUGGAGAAGCUGCUUUCGCUCGGUUGUGAUCAGUUCUCCGUUAACGGCUCGUCCCAGACUGCCUAUGACAUCGCCAAGUUCUGGGGCCACCGACACAUCGCCGGCCUGCUGAGCCGCUCCGGAGACGCCUGCGGACGAAUCCUGCAGGGCGCCGAUCUCAGCCCGCAGGAAAACUAUUUCGGCAGAGAGACGCUGGACCGGCUGAGCGCAAAGAGGACCGACAAAGUUUGGUUAGAGGCCAAACUGAGCGCCGCAGACACCAUCUUCCUCCUGUUCUCCAACCUCAGCCCCAUGGUCUACACGUCCCAGGAGGACAGCAGGGAACGGCCGGGGGACUUCCAGCUGUGCCGGUUCAGGUACCAGGAUGUGAAGGACCUGCUGCAGGAACCUUCAACCGUGACGAUCUUCCUGGGAAUGGAGAAGCUAAGGAGCCCUUCCUCCUCCUCCUCCUCUCAGAGCAUCGCUGAGCCUCCCGUUUGGUUUGCCAUCAACACGGAUAGAGACGCUGCUGAACUCCUGAAACGCUGCAGAGAGAAGAACUGUUCCUUCCCCAGAUCCCCGAACAGAGACCUGCUGAAGCUCAGCGAGGACGAGGCGGGCAUCGUAGCCCAGGCCCGGUCGGUGCUGGCAUGGCACAGCCGCUACAGCUUCUGCCCAACGUGCGGCAGCAGCACCCGUCUGGAGGAGGGCGGAUACAAGAGGAGCUGUUCCAACUCUGAAUGCAGGAGCCUGCAGGGCGUCCACAACACCUGCUAUCCCAGAGUCGACCCAGUGGUCAUCAUGUUGGUGAUUCACCCCGAUGGAAACCAGUGCUUACUGGGAAGGAAGAAGAUUUUCCCUCCUGGGAUGUUUUCCUGUUUGGCCGGAUUCGUUGAACCAGGGGAGACGAUGGAGGAGGCGGUGAGGAGGGAGGUGGAGGAGGAGAGCGGCGUGAAGGUGGGCGCCGUCCAGUACGUCUCCUGCCAGCCGUGGCCCAUGCCCUCCAACCUGAUGAUCGGCUGCAUGGCGGUCGCCACGUCCACUGACAUCAAAGUGGACGAGAACGAGAUCGAGGAGGCCCGCUGGUUUCCACGGCAACAGGUAAUUGAUUCUUUGUUCAGAGGAGAUCGCUCAGCCUUCGUCGUCCCCCCCAGACAGACCAUCGCCCACCAGCUGAUCAGACACUGGAUCUGCAUGAACUCCAACCUUUGACCUCUGACCUUCAGCACAGGAUCUCCUGCUCUGCAGAAACUAACUGGAUCAAAGAUCUUACCAGCUGCUGGGAUUUACUCCCUUAUUCCUCAAACGAUGCUUCAGGUUGACUUUUUAUCUGGAAAACAAGAAGAAACUGAUGAAGCAAAAGUUUACCUGAAGCUGCAUCAGCAGGAGUCAUCAGAGGAAGGAACCUUUUUGGAGAUUGGAGAAGAAAAGAUGGCCGUCAUCAGCAAAGAAAAGCAGUUAUUAAAGUUAAUUAACUGUAAAGAGCUUAACAGAAAUAAACAGGGGAAUAAAACGUAUUUGGUUACGAUAAUUAA